UAUCCAUGACGUCAUAUCUGUUGCGGAAAGUUCGUCACGUGCUAUGACUUACACUGGACGUCCGAUCGAAGUCCAAGGGCAUUUGUAUGAUUUAUGAAGUCAUAGGAGGUCAUAGGCGGCACAUGCAUACAAGAUUUGAGUCAUUCUCGGAACACAACACCAGAAUAUGGACAACAGGUCUUCGGUAGUUUUGAACCUGUCAGCAGUUUGCAUGACUCUGUUGCUUCUUCAUGGUCAAGUGAACGGAGACAUCCGAUCCACGAUCGCUGCCUUGAAUAGAAGGAUUGCGGAUCUACAGGUGUUGCACAAUGAGGACUUCGUACCUGGCCGGUCAUGGGCACGGCAGUUGGGACUAUACGCCAGCGAGGUUCGGCUGAACUUCCACGGCCCACCAGAGAUGUCCCUCCUGCGAGACGUCGGUCUGUACGACAACAACGCGUUCGCCACGCUGUGGAUCGUCACGUGUCUGCUGGAGAGUCACACCUACGGCACGGCACCUGCACCGGACCCCAACCGGCUGCAGCUGGCUGUGGACGCCAUCAACACCUUCCACUCCAAAAACCUGCCCGGUGAAGCGGCGAUGGACUUCUGGCCGCAGGUGUAUAACAAGACGUCAGGUGUGUGGGUGCAGUCACCUGAAAACCUGCUGCAGGUGAUACAGCUGAGUGAAAACGACUUUCCAUGGAACACCAUAAAGACCAUCCUUUUGGACCUCGGUCUGCAUGACUUGUGGAAUGACGUGGUGACAAUGCAAGAGUUGAUGAAGGAUGUGUCAAACGCGUACAGAAUUCCCCCCGACUUCGAUGACUCUUCCCUGAAUCUGGGUCUUGGUACCCAGUUGCUCCAACUCAAGGACAGUUUCCCUCUAGCCUAUCAGUCCUGGGCGUCCAACAACACGGACCUACAGUCCCUCCAAAACCACCUGAAGUCAUACGCCUACCGUCCACUGUCGAAAGACAACAAUGCUAACACAAUCGACCCGAGAACGUACUACUACAUGCGGCCGUUCUUAGAAAAGGCGGCAAAGACAGGAGACCAGAUCGCCUUGGUAACCACAUGGAUUCAAAAUCUCGCAGAAGCUCGCGAGAUGGCCAUGGCUGACAAGGGCGUCAUCAUGCCCUUCUUCCUGAACAACGUGGACGUGACCGUGGCCGCCAACACUCUGGCCGGCAUCACGGAAGCUCUGCUGGCCGGCAUGGUGAAACCUACGUGGUUUGACCAGGACCUACAGAGAAUCUAUCUGAACACCACCGCCAUGAUUGCUUGGGCCGUGACGUCAGAGACCAUCUUUACCCGUCCUGACCUGGUGAUGACGUACUACCCAUCUCUCUACAACUUCCUGUGGUACUCCUCCCGGACCCUCUUCCUCCUGCAGUCCAACCAAGACAAGCUACAAGACUACCCUGAUUGUGUCAAAGAUGUACAACAGCUUCUUACUACGACAUUCAGGUACCACGUCACACAUAGACUAAUGAGUAGUGCCCAGACAGACAAGGAAAAGGAAAGUUUCUUCGACGAUUUCUUAGGAGACGGGGACAAGGACAUCCUUGGAAAGCCAAAGAUCCACGGGGAAGACCGAAUCUUCAGCACAGGACAGGCGGUGAACACUCUACUGGCAACCUGGACAACAUUCAAUAGGACAUCGAAAAAACUUGUGUGGAUAAGGGAAACCCACGCAGACGUCAAGACUCUCGUGUCUCAAGCCGUGUCUUGGUUAGAGAAGAACACGCUGAGCGGCAGGUACAAGACGUACAACGCCUUCUUCUCUGGGUCUACCAAGGGAUUAUCCUCACUGCCUUUCCUGUAUCCGGCCAACUUUCUACAGUAUGUGAACGGUACGGCACUGCCGCCUACAACUAACCUCACUCGUGACGCUCUGUUCAUCGCAGGAGUCACGGGCGUCAUCGAUCCUGCUGAAUACCAGAAGAUGGUUGACCAGCCCCAUUUUGGAUACGCCACGCCUACUAAGUUUGAAGGGUUUAACGGCCCGGAAACUCUGUUCCCUUUCUGGUCCUCGGAACCGUACACCUACGCCACCGCCAUGUUGGCCUUAGCGCAGUACGACAAUAUAGCAUGACCCUUGGCCUCCGUGUUUUAUAACAUAAAAGGGAAAUGACAACUGUUCAAAAUCUAUUUCUACCUACACAAUCUGGGAGGCUUGACUUCUGUUUCGUAUGCAUUCCAUUCUGUUCCCAAAAGUUUAUCUCCCCCGAAAAAUUACGAAAACUACGGUGGUUGAAGAAACGGAAACUCGGUUGUUGUUUAAGGUAGAGGGAUAUCCUUCAUUUUCAUCUACGGCUUUUCUACUUCAGAAGACAGUCCAUAGGCUUAAGAAAGCCCCAAAUAAACUGGGGUGUGCUCCGUUUAAUAGGAAAGUGAUAUAAGUACUGAGAAAUCGUUCUUGGAUACACCCAUU